GACUGUUUGGGGUCAAAGAUUGCAAAGAUUUUUUUUUCUUUCCACCAUCUUCCUGGCAUUUUGUGGAAUUGGACACAAACUGGAAUAUAUUUCAGUCUUGCGUCAGUGGGGAGAACAGAGAGAGCUUUUGCAGAGAGCUGAGUAGCGAAGACAGAGGAGGGUAGAGGUACGCUGGAUGGGGGCCACAGCCGGGCCUGAUGGCAGGAGCCCAGAACACAGAGAGCUCUAAUCACGUCCUCUAGGGGCCUUCAGGGUGCUACAGUUCACGUGGAGACACUGAAAAGGUUGUGUGCCCAUGAGGUCGUCCAUGCUGGUCCUGCUCCUCUUCUUCAGUGCCCAGGCUGUGGCCUCCAUCAGAGGAGACUUGUGUACUGCUACGACGGCACAGCAGCAGGAUCCAGGUGACGACAUUAACUCCAUCCCCACAGUGGACCCCAAACUUUUCACAAAGCGCCACUACCUCUCACCCAGGGUGCUGUUCAGUGCUCAGCCCCCUGAUGCAGAGCCUUCAGCGUCACACGGUGCCAGUAGAAGGAACCGCAGACGGGCAGGACAACCUCAGCACCGCGGGGUGUACUCGGUGUGUGAAAGCAUCAGCGUCUGGGUUGGCAACAAAACCAAGGCCACGGACAUCUCAGGCAACGAGGUGACAGUUCUUCCAAAUGUGAAUAUCAACAAUGUCAACAAGAAGCAGUACUUCUUCGAGACUACGUGUCAUAGCACUCGUUCAGGCAGCUCAGGCUGUUUGGGAAUUGAUGCGCGACACUGGAACUCCUACUGCACCAACUCACACACUUUUGUACGAGCACUGACCACAUUCAAAAAUCUGGUGGCGUGGAGGCUCAUACGCAUCAAUGUGGCCUGUGUGUGUGUCCUCAGCCGCAAGUCAUGGCGGCAGUGAAAGACAUUAAACGCAUAUCUCACAAAAACAGCCUCACACACACUAUCUCAAAUGUCAGUAAAAUUGGAUUUGGAUAUUUUCCAGAGUUUGGUGUGCACAUAUGAAGAAUGCAACAGGAGAUUGUUUGGGUCACAAUGUUCACAACAGCAGGAGAAUUUCUGUAACAUUCAAGCAAAAAGGUUGGAGCCUAGGUUGAACAUGCUGGAGGCAAGACACUCACCCACUCACUCACUCACUGUGAUUUUUCCAGAGAUUUUCCUGUUUUAUUCCCUCAUCGGCUCACUUGGACGUUCUCCAGAAAUGUGACUCGAGGGCUGGCAGGAAACGUUCUGGAAAAAUUCCAAAGCAUUAUCUGUGGACAUCUGUGGACCCACAUACAGGCCCUGCGGAAAAUUUUAGGAAAAUGUCCAAACUUCAGUGCGUGUCAGAAAGCAGCUACACAGACAUACCCAGGUAGCUGUGACUCUCUCUGCAUAACUUAUCACCCAAGACUUCUCACUCUGCACACAGUAAAUUAUUGCUAUUUGUAUCAGGACUGCAUGUACUGUAUAUACACCAGACCUGGGUCAAAUAGUAUCUGCAGUUGGUUUGCAGCAAUUUGUUACCUAUUUACAACAAAUUGCAGGGAUGUUGGGAGUCUCGCUUAGCAAGAGAUUAUUUUAGCUGUAGUUUAUAAGUGAGCUAAAUUGAACCGGACUCUUUUCAAGCAAAUCUUUGAUGUGCUGUUGCCGUAGCACACACAUCAUAAUAAAAGUAGUUUUUAGUUUUUUCGAUGACAUGUUAUUGUGCAUUCACAAAAAGGGGGAAAGAAGUUUGUUUGUAAGUUUGACUGCAGAAUUAUUUGUGUUUACUUGUAAAGGGGGUAGGGUGCAGAUGUUCUGAAUAUCUGCACGGCACUGGGGUCUUUUUACACUGAUUCUGUCCGAUCUCAGCGCUGGCGGGCCUUCACCCACGUUGCACCAUGCAAAUUUUACAUUUGCAUCCAAAUAUUUCAAGUGAAGCAAGUGAAGCAAAUAAAGCAAACUUUGCAUCAUUGCGUGAUUCAUGUUGCCCAGCACGAGUGAUGCAAAAUUCAUGUCUACUUGCAUCUUUGCAUUUAGGGUGUGUUCACAUUACCCCGAUGAAAUGAUUCAUUUCUGAUUUAUCUAUGAAUGCAAGAAACUUCUGUCUGUCAAUCACAUAACUGUCAACAAACAGGUUGCUUUACAGGCUUUUAAACUGAAAAGGUGACAUACUAAGGGCACCAAUGUGUGCAGCACAGACACUGGCAUUGUUUGGAUAAGAAAUGCAAAGGAAUGGGUUCUAGCACUGCACAAGAU